AUGCCGAACUGGGGAGGUGGAGCCAAAUGUGGUGCUUGUGAGAAGACAGUGUACCAUGCUGAGGAAAUCCAGUGCAACGGCCGGAGUUUUCACAAGACGUGCUUCCUCUGCAUGGCCUGCAGAAAAGCUCUGGACAGCACCACAGUAGCAGCUCAUGAAUCUGAAAUCUACUGCAAAACUUGUUACGGGAGGAAAUACGGCCCCAAAGGUGUCGGCUUUGGCCAAGGGGCAGGAUGUCUCAGCACGGACACUGGUGACCAUCUGGGCUUGAAUCUUCAACAGGGGUCACCCAAGCCCGCUCGCCCUUCCACACCAACUAAUCCUUCCAAGUUUGCCAAAAAGAUGGUAGAUGUGGACAAAUGCCCUCGUUGUGGUAAAUCAGUGUAUGCUGCAGAGAAGAUCAUGGGAGGAGGAAAACCUUGGCACAAGACGUGCUUCCGCUGUGCUAUUUGUGGGAAGAGUCUAGAAUCCACCAAUGUUACAGACAAGGAUGGAGAGCUCUACUGCAAAGUUUGCUAUGCAAAAAAUUUUGGUCCCAAAGGAAUUGGGUUUGGUGGCCUCACUCAAGUGGAAAAGAAAGAGUGCGACUGA